GUCUUUUUUUCACAAUUUUGCAUCCUUGUAGACCUACUUUACUAUGGACCCCUAUUCUAAGCGCGAUGAUUGCAUACAAGUGGCCGGCAACAUAGCGCGGAAGAAAGUGACUGAUGCGCACUAUGAGGGGUGUGUUUUGUCCAUCCGCAAUUGGUAUGCUGAGAAACACAAGCUCCGGAUGCGGAAGGAUCAAGCCCGAGAAAUCGUGAACUUCCAGCCAUGGCAGUACUUGCAGUGCCCUCCUCCGUACGUAGGUCACGCUAGACCGCAAGUCUGGCACGCGAUGGUCCGUCACUACACAAGCGCCGCGUACAAGAGGAAGCACGAAGAACAAAAGCUAAAGAGAGUCGAGAUGGGAGGCGGAUCACACACGCAAGGCAGCGUCCCCCUCGCAGUAUGCAAGCAGAAAAAGGAAAAAGAGACAGGCGUGAAGUCCUCGUUAUUCAAGAUCUGGGGCGACCACCGGAAGAAGACGGACAAAAAAGACGGGACGGUGAAGUGGGUUAGCAAGAUCGCCGAAGUCAAGGACAAGAAGUAUCGGUCCAAGUUUGCCCAGACUCAUGGCGACGAGGCGAACCCCGAGACCGAGCCAUUUGACCCCGAGGUUGCCAUGCGUGCGGGAGAGGGCAAGAAGCAUGGUCGCUUGUUUGUCUGUGAUGGGGCCGUCGAUCCCAAGACCAUCCCGUCUUUGAGACAAAUCAAAGGUGGCAACACGAGCUCCUCGCCUGCCGUAGAGCCCCGCCCGACACCGUCGUCUAUAGCCAUUGACGCGAUCCGGGCUGAAUUGGAGGCUGAGAAGGCACAGAGGCAGCAGGCUGAUGCCCUCCUUACUCAGAACCAGCAGCAGAUGGCGAUGCAGCAGCAGAUGAUGUUGUGGAUGACACGGAAGCUCACUGCCCACGAUGCCCACUUAUCGGCCUCUAUGCCGAGUGGCACCACUCUUCCUCCGCUUGAUCCACCUCCUUUUGACAUCAACACAUGGCUACAUGCCUCGGGUGGAUCCAACAACAUUGAGCUCCAUGGGCCAUCCACUCAGGAUGGGAAUGACAACUUGAUGACGCCGCCUACAGGGGGACAGCCUAGCUUCAACAACCUCAGCAUCGUCCGCCGGCUUGAAACCUCUUAG